UCCUUACAAAGUGUAAACAUCCUUUUCUACAAACUGACCUUUGAAAACAAAUUUCGUAUUGGGUAACCACAAAAAACCAUAGAUAUAUAAAAAUCAUAUAUAUCUCAGUAACCAAAUCCCUAUGAGACUCGUCCAUAAACAUCAAUCUCAACGAACCAUCUAUAGAAAUUUUUUUGACAAAAAUAAUUCAAAAUAAUGUACUCUUCAUCCUCUGUAUCACGCAUCAUUUUGAUCUAUGUCUCGGCCAUACAACUACUCCUUAUAAACAGCAAAUUGUCCUUAAACGUGACCAAUGAGUAUCUCAACCACACAUGCUUGGUUAAUCAAGGAAAAUACAAGUUGGGAAGUGAGUACGAUAAACUUUUUAAAAACAUCAUGAAAAUGUUCUAUAAAAACAGUAUCAGAGGUUACGACCUUUUUGGCGAUUCUACUUUUACCGCUAUCCUCCAGUGCCGCGGCGACUCCUACGGGCCCAAGUGCCGCGACUGUUUUGUCACCGCCCUCGCUGCGCUUCGUAGGAGAUGUCCAUGGUACAAGGGGAAGAUAAUAUGGUAUGACCAAUGUCUUCUUUCGAUGGAUUCCAAAUAUUCUGUUGGGCAGAUCGAUUACGACAAUAACUUUUGUAUGUCCAACGCGAAGAAGGUGGUAGAAGAUGGAGUCACAUUUAUACAAGUUUGGAAUAUUCUCAUUGGCGAUCUGACGAAAUUAGCCACCACUGGAGAUAAUUACACACUGUACUCUGUGGGGGAGAAGCGGUACAAGGGUGAUAUGAUAUAUGGAAUGGUGCAGUGUGCGGUAGACUUAUCGCGAAAAGCUUGUCAGGAGUGUGUGUUGUAUAAUAGAUUUCAUUUUCAAGUUUGCGUGAAUGAUAUGCGAGGAGCGAGAGUUGUAGGCAGGAGCUGUACUUUUAGGCUUGAGUUUUACCCUUUUAUUGCCAAGCAGGUCCGUAAUAUUUAAAAGAGCUAAAAGUAUUAAAAUAAGAUUCAGUUAGUGUAAACUUUAUUAUAUCAUAAGGUUUCUUUUUUUUCUGGAUAAAA